UCGCUUGGGGUUUAAAGCGCGCCCUUGCCAAGGAGCCCACUGCUUCCCAUCUUCGGGGGAAACGCCCGCAGGGGCCCCGUUUGCCCCCCUUGAGCGAUGGCCGCCCUUCCUCGCCCGCUCUGAAUGCCAGCACCAUGCUGAGGCAGCCGCCUUUGUACGAGCUGGUGGCUUAUAGGCAGCAGCAGCAGCAGCAACAACAGCAGCAGGAGCAUCUGGCUCCCCUGCCAGACUCGAACCCGGUCCCCGCGAGCGAGCAGCAGCAACUCCGCCGCAAGAUCAACAGCCGCGAGCGGAAGCGGAUGCAGGACCUGAACCUGGCCAUGGACGCCCUGCGGGAGGUGAUCCUGCCCUACUCGGCGGCGCAUUGCCAGAGCUCUCCCGGCAGGAAGCUCUCCAAGAUCGCCACGCUGCUCCUGGCCAGGAACUACAUCCUGCUCCUGGGCAGCUCCUUGCAAGAGCUGCGGAGGAUCCUCGCCGAGAUGAGCGCCUCCGCAGGAGGAGGAGGAGGAGGAGGAGGCCACCUGGGCAGCCCCCGCCUCCUGCUCGCCGCCGGGCUCCCGCUCUUCGCCCCGGGCCCCGUGCUUCUCGCCUCUCCUGGGAACAUCAGCCACCACCACCAUCACCACCACCACCCAAGCUCAAACAGCAGCGGCGGCGCAGGCGGCAAAUACCUCGCCUUAGCCCUGGAGGACCCUCAGCAGCCUCCCGCCGGAGGAACAGCAGCAGCAGCGGCGGCGGCGGCGGGGCUCUGCGCAUGCGCCGGGUGCAAGUUCCCCCACUUGGUGCCUGCCGGACUCAGUUUGGCCCAGUUCGCCAAAUAAUGAUCAUAAUCAAGGACUCUCUGAACAAGGACGGAUCUUGGAUGGAGGCAGCGGAAGGAAGGGAGAAGAGGACAAGCAAGUUUGGAGACUGAAAAAAGUCAGGGUGCAUAGAAGAGGCAUGGGCACACUUGGGCCCUCCCUCCAGGUGUUUUGGACUGCAACUCCCACCAUUCCUAACAGUCUCAGGCCCUUUCCUUUUAAAUAGCUGAGGGGGAAAAGGAAGGGACCUGAGGCUGUUAGGAAUGCGAGAGUUGGAGUCCAAAACACCUGGAGGUCCAAAGUUUACCCAUUCCUAUUCUACACUGUUCUACAGUGACACCCACUUCAACUGCCAUUGCUCAGUGCUAUGAGACCCUGGGAGUUGUAUGCAUGUAUUUUGGUGAAGCACCCACCCUCUUUGAUACACACCUUGUGAAACUACAACUCCUAGGACUCCAUAGCAUUGUGUCAAACUGCAUGAGUUCUGUGCCCUGUGUACGUGCACCUUGUAUCCACAGUAUAGCAGUUUGACAUCACAUUAACUGCCAUGGCCCAUUUUGGGAUCUGUCAUUUUUGGGAGCUCCCUGUCAAGACAGCUCUGGGCCACGACAAACUCCAAGAUCCUAUGGCAGCUAAAGGGGGACAAACUGCUCCAAUGCUGCAGUAUGGAUAAGCUUUGGAAAGGAAGGCUUCGCUUGGUCUUUUCUUUCAAACUACAGUGUAGAGUGGUGGUUCCCAAUCUUUUUUUGACCAGGGACCACUUUCCAGCCUUAGUACCAAAAGUUUUUGGUCAACUUUAGAUUCAAUAUGGUUAUUUGGGGUGUUGAUUCAGAAAAUUGCAUUGGAUAGACCACAUCAGCUCUAGUUUCUGAUACAGAACAUAUGCCACCCAGUAGUCACCAUCUGCUCGCCCACAGAAAAUCAUAUUUAAUAAUCUAGAGCUGAUGUGGUCUAUCCAAUGCAAUUUUCUGAAUCAGCACCCAAAUAGCCCCAGGGACAGCCCUAAAAAUGAAGACACUAAGAGAUUUUUUUUUGUUUGGGUUGUGUUAUUAUCCGUAGUAGUAAUGGUGAGACUGUGGACCAUUUUUUAGUUCUUGCAGACCACUGGUGGUCCACGAACCACAGGUUGGGAACCACUGGUGUAGAGGCACCCCUGGGUCAGGUCACAAACUGGUUAGGUACACUGUGAUGGUAGGAAGCUCAAGGAUAAAGAGGGGCUUGGUUCUCAUUAAAGGCACUGGACCACUUCUCAUUGAUUUCAGGUUUCCCAAGGAAUCUUUAGGAUUGUGUUGUCGAAGGCUUUCAUGGCCGGAAUCACAGGGUUGUUGUGUGUUUUCCUGGCUGUAUGGCCAUGUUCCAGACUUAUUCUCCUGACGUUUCACCCAUGUCUGUGGCAAGCAUCCUCAAAGAUUGUGAGGUAUAUGAUAAUCUUUAGGACUGUUUCACUUUGGCUGAACGGCAUCCCUGUAACUUUCAUUUCACCCAGCAGCAAAUCUCUUUCUGCCAUUGCCGAUGCCAAUCAAUUUGAUAACGCUGGAGAGACCCUCCCUGUCUCUCUGACCUUCUAUAUCAUUAUUUUAACUGCAAGUAGCAAAGUAGUUAAUCUCCAUUGCUGAUGCAUUAUUUGAAGACAGUAUCUCCAUGGGUUGCUGUGAGUUUUCCGGGUUGUUCCAGAAGCAUUCUCUCCUGACGUUUCACCCACAUCUAUGGCAGGCAUCCUCAGAGGUUAUGAAGUAUAUUGGAAACUAAACAAGGGAGAUUUAUAUCUCUGCAGAAGGUCCAGGGUGAGAGAAAGAAGUCUGUUAGAGGCAAGUGUAAGUGUUGUAAUUCUGAAACAUGGCCAUAUAGCCCAGAAAACUCACAGAAACCCAGUGAUUCCGGCUAUGAAAGCCUUCGACAACACAGUAUCUCCAUAGCGUUGGAGAGACAUAGAGUCCAAUCCUAUCCAUCAUGUUCCCUCAAAAGUAAGUCCCACUCAUUUGAAUGAGACUGGCACCAUCUGAGAAGGAUGGUAAAGCCAUUGAACACAAUCCUAAAUUUCCUCCUCCAGAAUCAACAUCCACUGGACUGAAUAGAGCUUCCUUCCUAGUAAAUGUAUUUAAGAGUCCAUAGAGCUCAAUCUUAUACAAAAGCAAGUUUCAUUGGGUUCAGCGGGAUUUUCUCCCAGCUCAGUGUGCAUAGGAUUGCAUAGGAUUUUACUAAAAGUGGUGAUGGACGAAACAGAAAUUGCAUUGUCUUAGAUGCAGAAAGGAAUUAAACACAUGAGUGUGACUUCAUGUUACAGCUCCCUCUGUUACACUACUGCUGGUUUUAGCACUAUUCAUAUCUAUUCUGAGCAUCAAUAUUUUUAAAGUAUUGUGAAUUUUUAGGAAUAUACAGAACACUAUAAAAAGUCUUCUGAAAUGCUGAUGUUAUAACGUGUUACAGAUUCCUCAUGAGAGUGAUGUUUAAACAAAAACAUUCUUGUAGUCUAGUGAAAGAGGGUUAUAAUAGAGAAAAGGAAAUAUUUUAAGGUAUCUUUACAUCCCAAAUUGUUCUGGUCCUUUAAACAGAUGAAGCUGUAUAAUUCUAGAAGUAAGGUUUCUGGUGUUUUAAGUGCACUUAUGCCCAAAUGUUAGCAUUUUGAUGGUUUCUGUUCACUUUCUAAAUGAAUCUGCCUGUUUGUUUUCCAAUAAAACCUCUAGACUCUGCAAUAUACAACUGUACUAUUAUAAUUGGAUCAAAUAAAUAGCAGAAUAUUGACAGCCCUCUCCUGUCAUACCAUUGACUGAAAUAUUAGUGUGUAACUAGAUGGCCAUGUUUCAAAUGUUAAGGUAACAUGCUAUAUAGACUCAAGAUGAAGUCGGCUCCAUUAAAUUAAAUAGAAAUGUACUUCUAAGUAGAACAUGCAUACAAAUUGGCAACAUCAGGCUAUUAGAAAUAACAUCACACAAAAACUUGUUAAAGAGGAAUGAUAGUUGGCUUCCUACUGAUAUUACAGCCAUACACCUUCAAAUCUGCUUACUCUGGUGCAAUGUUAUCAUCUUAACCGUCUGGAAUAAAGUAAUUUUUGAUAUAA